AUGCUACCUGGUCAACAUCGUGGAACUUCCCAACAGAGCAUUUCAUAUGCGACAGUGAAAUUGCAUCCAACCAUGGGGGCAAGUGCAGGAUUGACACGCAGUCGAAGGACCGUGUUUAGCGAUCGUCCGUCCUCCCAACUAGGCAUGUGUUCCGGUCCACUGAGAAGAUCCUCCACACUGGAAGGACGUACACAACUGAUUUGUGACACACCCAGUCGAGCUAGAGACGGUCUGUUGAGCAGAGGUCGGAGUCCAUCUACAAAUUCUUCUGCUUCACGUAUAACCCGACAGAAUAACUUCCCCAACUCUUUAUCGGAUGGAGCACUAAUGAAAAAAUUGACCAGUCACACACCGGGUGAUUCGUUGCAAUCUGCAGAAGCCCAGCCAAAUGCAUCUUACGAACUAAAUCAGUCCGCAAUUUCUGUUUGCACUGGGUUUCGUGAGGGCACUCCAAUUUAUCGUAGACCAGUAACCGGGUCGAUCACCUUGGCCACAGUUUGCUCCCAACCAUUAUAUCAGAGAGGGCGGCAUCACACAUCGUUGCCCAAAUUUGGUACAGCACCAACAAGAUCCGUUAUACCUAGCCGACCCGACCUAACUCAGGACCUCAAGUCACGUGCCAACACUUCUCCGGGUGUGUAUUUUGGCCAAGUUCACACAUCCAUGACUCAGCAAAUAGAUGAUGAUAGUAAGACUGCACAACGUCAUACGGCGCCCUCUGCUAGACGUAAAACUGUGAAUAUUACUGAACCAAGAGAAAGGAAACUAACAGAAGCGCCUACUGUGACCCGCAAGGAUUCUAAACGUCAUCCUGGCGAGCGAACACGUCCCAAAUCCCAUUACGAAACCAGUAAAAUUGUGAAUUUGGAAAAACCCUCAUUUACGAAACAUCUGCUUUCGCUAGAAAAGGAGCCGAUACUGAUCAAAGUAAGCAUCCCAAACUGUACAGAGUAA